GGACUUUUUUGUUAUACAUUGAAAAAACGAAGAAUAUAUCUUUGUUACUGUGUUUUCAUGGAUUGGUUUUAAUAGUAUAUUAAUAGAGAAUAAAUUAAAACGAAUGAAUGUUUCGUGUAUGGAAUGAUACUGUUAGUGCAUCAUUUGGUAAGGUUACGUCUCCACAAAUGACAGUAGUGUUUAAUCAAAUAGAAAUUCGGAUUGGAAGUAAUGUAAAUGUUGAGAAAGAUUGGGACCGUAGCACCUUGUCAAUUUUCACUGCCACAAAUUAGAACGUAAAUAUUUCAUACAAAUUUAUGAAUGAAGAUAAAGCAAGAUAUUUUGCGGUGGGUCUUUACUGGGGUUAUCCUGACCCAGGUAGACCGAAAAUCCGCCUUAACAAUAAGAUACUGCUAUAAAACUAUGUAGCUAUAAAACAUAUUUAUAACUUAUAAAGAAAGUAUUCUGGGAUAAAUAUUCAUUUUAUAAUGCUUACAAUAGGCACGAUGUAUGGGUGCACACAAUAGGCAAUCUUUUGAUCAAGACUGCCAAUGUAAGACUGAACUUCUGAUGCAUGGAAUAAUUGUCUUUAAUAAUAAAUAUAGACAGCAUCAAUGGGAAACUGUUUUUCGUGCUUUAAGGUGCCCCUUCCACCAGCCACCACUAAUCAAGCAGCAUCAUCAGAUUAUAAAGACGAAACAAUGGAACUUAGAGGUUUGUUUUCAAAUUCUUGUCAACAACAAACUGGGCCUUUAGUGCCUGAAACGCAUAUAAAUGGCAACAGAAAAUCAUUAACCACAUUAUCAGCAUUCAACAAUGUAGGAUCUGAUAAUUGUGGAUCUAUGCCUAAUGUACAAAAUAAUUUACGUUCAUCCCGAGGAUUUUAUGCACGUUUACCACCAUUGGGUAGAUCCGGAACGUCAUCUGGUCUUAACGUAACUGUUGAAUCGAAACAACAAAGGGAACCGUCAGAAAAUAAAUUAAAUACAUUAUUUGAUCAAUACAAGGAUUCGCACGAAGAUGUAAUUUUAGCUGACGGUAUAGAAAGAUUUUGUAACGAUUUACAACUAUCCCCAGAUGAAUUCAAAGUACUUGUUCUCGCUUGGAAAUUAAACGCUGAACAGAUGUGCCAAUUUACACGACAAGAGUUUGUGACGGGUUUGAAAGCAAUGAAAGUAGAUAGUAUACAUGCUAUACAAAUGAAAUUACCAGAAAUUGUUCAAGAGUUAACCGUUACCAGUGAUUUAUUCAAAGAUCUCUACCGAUUUACAUUCCAAUUUGGUUUAGAUGUUAAUUCUGGUCAGAGAAUAUUACCAGCCGAUAUGGCAAUUGUUUUAUGGAAGCUUGUUUUUACAAUACGUGAACCACCACUUUUAUCAAGAUGGCUGAAAUUUCUUGAAUGCCAUCACGUUAGGGGCAUACCCAGAGAUACAUGGAAUAUGUUUUUAAAUUUUGCUGAAAGUAUUGGUGAUGAUCUCGGCGCUUAUGAUGACGCAGAAGCAUGGCCAAGUUUAUUCGAUGAUUUCGUAGAGUAUGAAAAUGACCAAAUGAACCAAAACAUCAGUAAAGAUGAUAUCAUGAAGGAUGCUUCUAUUAAUAAGACUUAAUUCAAAUGAGGUUUUCAUUAUAACAAGGUAUUAUUACCUUAUAUAUAACCUUUGAACAGAAUCAUUGACAUUUUUUUCGUAAUGAAAUCAUAAAGAUUAUUCUUCUUGUUAAUUUUUAUUUUGUUUUUGUUUUCAAAUUGUACAAUGUCAAAUAGACGAAAAUUAUUAAAACAUUGAAGUAAAAAUACUGUUCAAAGGAUUUUAUUCAGGGAUAUAAAUGUGAAAUUGUACACAUCUAAUGAACAUUUUAGACAACAGAAUUUCUAUUACCUAAAUUUGUGAUACAAUAUGGAUGAAUGUAUGCAACUUUCAAUACAUUAUAAAAUAUUUCUUACACUUUUUAAAGAUACCAUUAAGAAAGAAAGGAACAAAUGUAAAAAAGAACUAGAAUAUCUUUUAUUCUAAAUGAAGUUUUUAAAAUACGCGCCUGACAAACUGUUAUUAGAACAAAAUAUUUCCUCACAACUAACUAGCUCUCGAGUCAAAUCAACAAGAUCAGUGUCAACAGAAGGAAUUGUUCUCUGAAUUAUAGAUUUUACAAUCAUUUCUUAUUUUUGUACUAGUUUAUUUUAGUUCCUCUUUUUUUUUAAUCAAAAAUACUAUAAGGAGAAUCUGUUAAUCUGUAUUCUUGUGCUCUUGUUUCAUCUCUCAUUUUCUCUCAAUUUUUCUAAAUUUUUGAAGUUAGUGUGUUAUGUUCUUCAGAGUUUCUUUGCUUACUUCUUUGUCUUUAGCAUUUUUAUUCAAGGGUUUUUGCGUCUUCUUUUGUCACGAUGUUACGAUAAAUGAAAGUUUUCUUCACAUUAAGUUGUUUUUACUGACAUGUUCUCGAUAUAAGAAUAAAAUGUAUCGUAUAACUUCGUUUAAAAAUUGGUGUGAACGCACUCUUAUCAAAUAAGCUCGGUCAUUAGCGAUCAUGGUCUAUGAUAUUGUGUUAGAUGGGCUUAUGGUUUAUUUAUAUUAUGUUCCUAUUUAUUAUUUUUUCUAUAAUGUCAAUAAUCAAAGCCUUAAUCGUAAUUAAAAGCAGCACUUUAAAUGUAAUGAGAUUGUUUAGAUACAUGUAUAUAGUGCCAUGUCUUUCGAAAAUACUAACAAAUUAUAAGAAUUAAUGGUAAUUAAUACAUCAUUAAACAAAUGUAUAACUCAUUAAUAUUUUUACAAAAAAAUUACAUAUUUAAUUUGCAAUUUUCAUCACUGUAAAUGGAAUGCUUCAUUUUUGUUUUAUUUUAUAAAUUAAUCGGUGUUAUAUCACAAAGUUUGCAACAUAUGAUUUAAUGCCCUUUAAUACUUAAGAACAUAACAUUUAAUAUGAAAUACGAUAAUUUAAAAAAAUAAUUAUUAUUUACACAGAGGAUCUUCUUAUGGAUGAUAACACAAUAUUAAAUGAAACAAAGUUAAUAAAAUAAAAUGAACAUUUGCUAAUUUUGCAUUAAAUUUACUUCACUUCCUGAUUAUUAAAUUUAUGUAAAUAUAUACAGUAUUCUUUUAUUUAUAUACUAUCAGUAUUUUUCACAAAAAGAAGUUCCUCUGUGUUCAGAGAAAAUAUUACAGAAUCUGUAAGUCCAAAAUUAUACAAGCACACAUAACAUAAAGUCAGUAAGCAAAUAUAUAUUAUUAAUUUAUUUCUAUGACUAAGUGGGGACUUAAAGAAUUUUCUAUAUAUUUAUAUACCAAAAAUAUGUUUUAUUAAAAAUAUUCAAAAUCAAUUUAAAAGUGAAAGAUUGUAACAAUGCAAAGAUUAAGCGAGAAUUGUAAGUAAAAAGUGCUUGUUCAAGUUCAAUAGAUACUUAUGGUAAUGCUUGUGUACAUAUUUCCUACAACUUAUAAUAAAUUGGUUUUGAUUCUAUAAUUAAAAUAUAAA